AUGACAGUGACGCUGACCAGAGCAGGAAGAGGAGGCGGAAGCAAGCCAGAAUUCGCGUCUGAUAACCCGAGGAUGGCUUUAGCCCAGCUGGGAUCCGAGACCCAUCUCCCAUGUCUCAUCCAUCACAUCCAUAAUGAAAAGGUGUCCUGGAUGAGGAAGCUUGACCAGCACAUCCUGACAGUGGAUAACUUCACCUUCAUCGGUGAUGAACGUUUCAGUGCCAAAGUGGAAGAAGGGGAAUUUUCCGUCAAGUGGACAUUGACCAUCUCCUCUGUGUCAGAACGGGAUGCCCAGACUUACGAGUGUCAAAUUUCGACUUCGCCUAAACAAAGCCUCUCUCUGGAUCUUUAUGUCGCCGUUCCAAGGGUGGAGAUCGUGGGAGACGCAGAAGUUGUAGUUCAAAGUGGAAGUCGAGUGGACCUCAAGUGUCGAAUGAGGGGCAUCCUCGAAAUGCCCCACAAGGUCAUCUGGUAUCGAAAUGGAAAGAAAGUCGUCGGUAUAAUCCAUACUGCCCCAGAGGGACAUUCUUCCUCCACACAAGGAAUCAUCGUGGGCCCCGAGGAGAGGUCGGGGAGUCCUGAAACUCCCGUCUACAUGAGCACCCUCAUGAUCACCCAUGCAAGGAAAGAAGACGCCGGUAACUACAGUUGCGUCCCUCACGACGAAGGACCGAAAGAUCUGCCAUUUGCUAAAGUCACCCUUCACGUCAUCAGCGGAGAACAGCCGGCGGCAAUGCAGCAUUCAAACCGGGCUUGCGGGAUAUCUGGCUUCCCCGGAUUACUAGCUGCCUGUCUCCCAUUGACAGCAGUCCUGGCACGCUCAGGGCAUGUGACUUGAAUGAAAUCAAUGAAGAAGAAGGAAAAGGAUGUGUCUGUGUGUCUUUCUCCCUCUUCCUCUUCAAGUCUGUGUCUUUGAUGUAAGUGAAAAGAACUGGAAGAAUCCCGUGGGGGGGAUCCCCCAGACAUUCAAUCUGGGAUCGUCAUUCAUAUCGGGCCAGAACGGGUCGCUUCGUUCCCAUCUUUCUUCUCCCCUCUUACCUUCACCUACUCAUUCCCCCGAGACAGCUUUGGUAUGGAAUGGAAUGGACUGCGAU